AAGGACACUACCUCCUGAAAGAAUAACUACUGCUUAAUCAUUAAUGUCACAGCCAGGAAUGAAGCUGGACUCUUCUCUGGAUAAAGUCCCCCUUUUCACAGUAGGCUGGCAGCUGUCCCAACUGCCUACCGAAGCCAAAUGCUUGAGGAGAGAGAGUAAGGAGCCAGCCAUGAAUCCCUUCCAGAAAAAUGAGUCCAAGGAAACUCUUUUUUCACCUGUCUCCACUGAAGAGGUACCACCUCGACCCCCCAGCCUUCCAAAGAAACCACCUCCGAAAAUCUGUGGCUCCAACUAUCCCCUGAGCAUUGCCUUCAUUGUGGUGAAUGAAUUCUGUGAGCGCUUUUCCUAUUAUGGCAUGAAAGCUGUGCUGACCCUGUAUUUCCUGUAUUUCCUGCACUGGAAUGCAGACACCUCCACAUCCGUAUACCAUGCCUUCAGCAGCCUCUGUUAUUUCACUCCUAUCCUGGGAGCAACCAUUGCUGACUCAUGGUUGGGAAGAUUCAAGACCAUCGUCUAUCUCUCCUUGGUGUAUGUGCUUGGCCAUGUGAUCAAGUCCUUGGGUGCCUUACCAAUACUGGGGGGACAAAUGGUACACACAGUCUUAUCAUUGAUUGGCCUGAGUCUAAUAGCUCUGGGAACAGGAGGUAUCAAACCUUGCGUGGCAGCCUUUGGUGGAGACCAGUUUGAAGAAAAACAUGCAGAAGAACGGAGUAGAUACUUCUCAGUCUUCUACCUCGCCAUCAAUGCAGGGAGCUUGAUUUCUACCUUUAUCACACCCAUGCUUAGAGGAGACGUGCAAUGUUUUGGGGAAGACUGCUACGCGCUGGCUUUUGGAGUUCCAGGAUUGCUUAUGGUGAUAGCUCUUGUUGUGUUUUUAAUGGGAAGCAAAAUAUACAGAAAACCACCUCCUGAAGGAAACAUAGCAACUCAAGUUGUCAAAUGUAUCCGGUUUGCUAUUUCCAACCGUUUCAAGAACCGUUCUGGGGACCUUCCAAAGCAACAGCACUGGCUGGACUGGGCAGCUGAGAAAUACCCAAAGCAGCUUAUUAUGGAUGUGAAGGCACUGACCAGGAUACUGUUCCUUUAUAUCCCAUUGCCCAUGUUCUGGGCUCUUUUGGAUCAGCAGGGCUCACGAUGGACCUUGCAAGCCACCAGGAUGAAUGGGAAUUUGGGGUCUUUUGUGCUUCAGCCCGACCAGAUGCAGGUACUAAAUCCCUUUCUGGUUCUUAUCUUCAUCCCGUUGUUUGACCUUGUCAUUUACCGUCUGAUCUCCAAAUGUGGAAUUAAGUUCUCAUCGCUUAGGAAAAUGGCUGUUGGAAUGAUCCUAGCAUGCCUGGCAUUUGCAGUUGCAGCAGUUGUAGAAAUAAAAAUUAAUGAAAUGGCCCCACCCCAGCCAGGUCCCCAAGAGAUUUUCCUGCAAGUCUUAAAUCUGGCAGAUGAUGAGGUGAAGGUAACGGUGCUGGGAGAUGAAAACAAUUCUUUGUUGGUGGAGUCCAUCAAAUCCUUUCAGAAAAUGCCACACUACUCCAAACUCCACCUGAAGACAAAAAGUCAGGAUUUCCACUUCAACCUGAAGUAUCACAAUUUGUCUGUCUACACGAAGCAUUCUGUGGAGGAGAGGAACUGGUACAGUCUGAUCAUUCGAGAAUCUGGGAAAAGUAUUUCCAGCAUGAUGGUGAAGGAUGCAGAAAACAAACCACAAACAUCCCACAAAGCUGGGACGACAGCUGUGAGGUUCGUUAACACUUUGCAUAAAGAGGUCAACAUCUCCCUGGGUGCAGAUAUCUCCCUCAGUGUCGGUGAAGACUAUGGUGUGUCUGCUUAUAGGACUGUGCAAAGAGGAGAAUACCCCGCGAUGCGUUGUCAAACAAAAGAUAAGGACUUUUCACUGAAUUUGGGUCUACUAGACUUUGGUGCAGCUUAUCUGUUUGUUAUCGCUAAUCGCACCAAUCAAGGUCCUCAGGCCUGGAAGAUGGAAGACAUUCCAGCUAACAAAAUGUCCGUUGCAUGGCAGCUACCACAAUAUGCCCUGGUUACAGCUGGGGAGGUCAUGUUCUCUGUCACCGGACUCGAGUUUUCUUAUUCUCAGGCUCCCUCCAGCAUGAAAUCUGUACUCCAGGCAGCCUGGUUGUUGACAGUGGCAGUUGGCAAUAUCAUCGUGCUUGUUGUGGCACAGUUCGGUGGCCUGGUACAGUGGGCCGAAUUCAUUUUGUUUUCCUGCCUCCUGCUGGUGGUCUGCCUGAUCUUCUCCGUCAUGGGCUACUACUAUGUUCCUCUAAAGCCAGAGGAUAUUCAGGGACCGGCAGAUAAGCAGAUUCCCCAUACCCAAGGGAACAUGAUCAACCUGGAGACGAAGAAGACAAGGCUCUAAUGGCUUCCCGGACUCUGCCCAGACUCCAAUUCUUGGCUUUGAUCUUGGCCAUCACCCAUCAUCAACCACUUUUUUCUCCUGCUUGGUUAGGGGAGAGAAGUAGCAGCAUGUCUGAGCUGAUCUCCUCCACUUUUCUCCCAUGACAGAGGCAGUUCUAGGCCUGGGUUUUCCAGUACAUUAGAGAGCAAGACCCUGAGACUCUAUGUCUUCCCACCUAUCAGUGAACUCAGUUGACGUUGUGUAGUGUUGCUGAAGCUGGCCUACUGCCUGCAAAUGGCCAUGAAAAACAAAUGUAUAAUUGAGAUUGGUCUCUGUGGGUAAGCAAAGGUUUGUGAGAAUUCUUUUAUCUGCUGUUUAGAACUGAUGAUCCUACUUUUUGAGGUGCUGAUUUAGGGACAGAAUUGCAGAAUAACAGAGAAACAGUAUUUGAAGUUUCUUCAUAAGCGAUGUAAUUGUACUAUUCACAGGACCUUAAAAAUUGGUACAUCUGGUGUCAUCUGGUCUGGGGACUGGCUUGUCAGCUAUCCAGGUUUGAUAAGACCUGAGGAAAUUUUUCAGUAUGGAUGGUAGGAGACAGAAUGACAUUUUAUUAAUACACAGGAGAAGAUAUAUCUUUCUAAUAAUUACAGUAUUUUAUCUACUAACCCAAACACCACUUUCUCAGUACUGAUGGAUCUUUGGAAAUCAAAUUAAAGAUAGUAAACAUUGGUAAACAAACAUGGUUCUGGAAAACAGGAACAGGUAGCAAUUGCAGAAAUCUUGAUGAACCAUUCCUCUGUGGUGCCUGUUCUUCUUAGGAAACAAUGCUUCAGCCUUGGAUUUUGCCUUCCUGGGGACAGUUGUAUAGAGACUAAUUGUAAUUUUCCAGCCCUGCCUUUUCAAUAGCGUCAGCCCAGUUUUUUCUUAUUAUUACAUCAUGUCUUGCUUAUUGCAGCAAAUAUUUAAUAAUAACAAUAUUUUUAUGAAUCCAUUUUCCUUUUUUAUUAUUACUCCCUUCAGCCUCAAAGUAGUUGCUCGUUUUGAUAAUUUUUCUUGUUUCCCUUCUCCCAUAAUUUUUAAAUUCCAUUUCUUCAUUAAGGCCUGGGAAGCCCCUGUUUAUUCAAAAAAAGUUACAUUAAUACUCUAGAUUUGAGCUUCUAAAAUGACAGUGCUCAAUGGGGGGGCGUUGUCCCAUAUGAGAAUCCUAUCAAAAUCUGUGGGGGAGGGGAGGAGUGGUAGAACAUGAAGGGUUUUUGUGUUAAUGAAAAGGUGAGAAACAUUCCCUUGCACACAACGAAUGAGUCAAUGGACAGACACAGGAAUGUCAUUAUGGUGUAUUGCUAAGGAAAAAAGUUCAGGACCACCAUACUAGAGAGCCUCAUUUCCAUUGGUUUUACCCCGUUAUUCUCAUCUACAACUGUAUUGAAUCUCACAUUGUAAACGUAACAAGUAAGAGAAGUUGCUCCAGUUUCCCAAAAAUUAUAUACUUUAGUUUUAGUGACUAAAGUUUCAGAAGUACUGAAGUGACAGCAGCACCACCCUCACAUAUCUUGGUAGGAACACGACCUUACUCCUUUAGAAGAUAUUCUGUUCAUUUUUGAGCAGCUUUAACUCAAUCUGUUCUAUGAAAUAUUGUUUUAAGAGAUGCUAACAGUGUUCCUUGAAUAAAAGUUUCUAUGGACAAAUAAA